AGAUCAGUUGUCUUAACCCUUCAAUUAUCCCUCGAUACUUCGAGACUUUUAAGAACUCUUACACGAAACACAACCAUCACUAUGCAGUUCAUACGUUGGUGGCGGAACGACAACAGCAACAGCAGAGAACUGUCCACUGAAGCUAAACAUUUGCUCAAGACCAUCAAUGAAUUGGCUGAUGAGAGAGACCGGCUGACAAAGGACUUACAGCAUGCCCUUGAAACCAUAAAAACAUUGCAGGAUAAACUGGCUGAAUAUGAUUUCCUCCUCAAGCGAGCCCGGGUCCGUAUAACCCAACUUAGGACGACGAACAGCCGUCCGCGUGGAGACGCCGCUAAACGUCCACCCAGCGACCCAUGGAUACACCAUAUCUGGUUCUGCUCGAGCAAGUCCUCGGAACUCCUGGGCCAGACAGAGCAUGAUUGGAAAUCGGGACACCCCCAGCGCGCACUGUACCGCCUCUCUACGAUCCUUUCAACCCGGAACCUUACACUAGCAGAUCAUCUGAUGUGCAAGCUACUCAUGGCUGCUAUAUUCCAUUAUACCCAGAACUAUAACGAGUCUAACCAACUUCUUGAGUCGGUUCUUGAGACGACUCAUGGUCAACUUGUUCGUGACUACUCUAACACAAUGGAACUCACUGGCAUUGCUCGAUUCAUCCAGGGCAAGAAUAUGGCUGCUAACGAGAAUUGGAAUGAAGCCUUUUGGUCCUUUACCAAGGCGCUUUACACGCCGGGCUACCAUACCAUGGCACAGAAGCUCCAGAGUGAGGCUAUGAAUAAGCUGGAGUCAAGCAUGGCUAAUGAUACCUGGGCUCCGACAAUGCAUGCACUGGCUCAUCAUCAGAGUACUAGCACUUUCUCGAUUUAGUUUCUCUUCCUUACUCUCUACAUAUACGGUUGCGAGGUAGUUAGAGGAUAUACUCUACUCAAC